AUGCAUCGCACAGCUCCUCGUCACGGUCACGCCACCCACGGAAGGCACACCACACGUACAACCACCACUAGACGUCAGGGCCUCUUUGGCCGCAGAAAGGUCGUGCACCAUCAGCAUGUCGUGCACCACCAAAAGCGCAAGCCCAGUCUGGGCGAUAAAAUCUCCGGCGCCCUACUGAAGCUCAAGGGCACCUUGACACAUCGCCCCGGCGAGAAGGCUGCCGGCCUAAUACAGUGUCGGCGAGCCAUCACUGCCAUGCAUCGCCACGAUCCGAUGACUGCCGACGGCCUGUCCAUCACAUUGGCCUCUAUCCUCACUCCUGGUGAAAAUAUCUGCCUCCGUGCAACUAUCCGCCCGACUCGGAGCCACCAUGUAGAGCGCUUGCUCGCCGUCGAGUGUCUUGAGGAGUUCGGAGGCCCUGCGCUCAAUUUCCGCGCUCGAGACAACGCGCAGGAGCCCGCAUGGGACGAUAAGGAGAUCGAGCGCAUGCGUUGGGCGUGCACGCAUUGCCUCCGACUCCUCGAUCACACGCGUUUCGAUAACCACUCCCUUCUGCGUCUGGGUUACAGGAAGCCGCUCCCUGGUUCUCCGGCUGCAUCGCCGGUCACCUCCUGGAGGCCGUCGGGUAGCACUUCUUCCAAGAGCGUUCUGAGGAACAAGAAAGCAACUCACCAAGCGGAGAUGAAGAGCUUGAGACUUCGGUAUGCUGUCGCAGUAACCCUCAACUGGGGAAAGGCCAGAGAGUCCCAGGCAUCGUUGGAUCGUCUACAGGACUUUCGCAACGCGGGAUUCGAGGCAUUUGAGCAAAUUUCUCUCACAGAAUUCGAAGCUCUCGACGUUUCCGAGGAAACAAAACUGCUUGACCAAGCUGCUCGGUCUGUCGAGCUUCAGAUCUGUGGAUACAAACGGCACCUGCGGAGCUGCAAUGAGUGUCGCUUCCAAACAGGCAAUCUGAAAUCACACACCAUACCGCCACAGCCGAACAGAGACUACGCAUACCAGACUGGUGCUAACCUUGGUACCAAGACCGUCCCCAUUGUCAAGAGUCGGCGGUAUUUAUUUGGCGACCUUCAACAGAGGUACUUUCCAGGUUUAUUUAUGAAUCUACCCUCUUAUAGGCCUGAGUGUGACAAGGUGCCGUCUUUCAUGAUUUAUCGCCAAGACUCCCGUGGCAACUACUUCAAUAUGUACAUGAUCCGGUGCCCGGGCUGCUGUUCUUGGAAGGAUAUGGCAGCAUACCGAGUUGGUAAUGUCUGGCCCAAGUGGUGGGUCGCCUAUCAGCACCAUUGGGGCGCCGAUACCAUGAAAAACUGGGACGGCAGAACCGUCAAUGAGGCAUUCCUUGAAGGUCUACGGUGCCACUCCUGCUAUGCCAAAGAGAAUGGUAGGGAGAAGUUCGCGCAAGUUUUACUGGAAUGGUAUAUGUGCCUCUUGUUUCCAGCAACUCUGUCCGCAAGGCGAAACCUAGAUAUGGGUUGGACGUUUGCUUGGCAAUCUGUCAAUAAGGAAAACAACCCGUAUGUUCAGCCGAAUGACUGGUCAGUCCGGGAGAAGUACAUCUUCAACAUCAGGACAGAGAUCUUGGCAGGAAUACCAUGGAAGAACAACGACAAGAGAAACGGGGUCGACUAUAAAAACGCCGAUGCGAAGACGCUGGACAUGCUACGGGAAAAGCACGCACAUCUGAAGGCCUCAUUCAAGAAGUGGUACCAUCCACCCGAUCCGACACAUCAUUUAUCAUCCUGGAAUGAUUGGUAUGGCUCCUGGGUCAACGGGUAUGAGGCGCAGGAGGCACAGUGGCUCUGGCUUAGGGACUGCAAGACAGAAGUUCUCAAGCGGCCAGAGGCCGUAGUCAACUGGGCGCUUGGGGAUCAGGAGGGUGUUGACAUUGAUGCCGAGGUCAUUUGGAACAAGGUCUGUAACAAGUACCGGAAAAUAUGGGAUUCGGAACAUAUCAGCGAGGUGCGAUAG